AUGAAUAACAUUCAUGAAGACAGUGUGGAUUUUCAGUCCAAUUCACAAGAGGAAAAGCAGCAGCCCUCUGUUCAGUCAGUCCUGUCCAGAGGAUCCCAGGAGGAAAUCAAGUUCACUAAGGGCCAAGCAGGGCACAGUGAUGAUGAAUGCAGCACUGACCUGGAAGACGAUAUUUUCACCUCCAGCAGGAGAUUGAAUUUGUCCCCAGGAGAGGUGUACCUAAAGGCCUGCAAGCAGACAGGAGCCGUUCCUGUUUCCUACAUCCUCCGCCACUUGGAUGAUGCUAUUCUAGACCUGAAUUACUAUGGGCUGGGACCUCUGGGGGCCAAAGCUCUAGCUAUCCUUCUGAAAAGUCACGGUGUAGUCACCCACCUCGAGUUGAAAGGGAACUUACUUCAGGCUGAAGGGACACAGUAUCUGAUGACGAUGCUUUGUGAAAACAUCAGCAUUCAGAGUCUAAAUCUUUCUGACAACAAGCUGGGCCUUAAAGGAGCGGAGGUUAUCUCCAAAAUGCUGUCAGGCAAUCUUAAGCUCAAAUCCAUCAACCUCUCAGAAAAUGACUUUAGUGACGCUGCAGCUAAAUGCUUGGCAGAAGCAUUAAAGCAUGAUUUUGCAGUCAAAGAGCUUGACCUCAGUUACAACCGCAUCUGCGAUGCAGGAGGAGAAGACCUGGGUGUCAUGUUAGCAGAGAACAUCGGUAUUGAAGUCCUAAAUCUGAGCUGGAAUCACCUUCUUAUACGUGGCAGUGCAGCUCUGAUUGCUGGUCUAAAGGUAAACGCAACACUAAAGCAGCUCCAGCUGUCGAACAGUGGAUUUGGCCGUCCCGAGGUACAGCUGAUGGCUGAAGUGCUGCAACAAAAUGACACACUUGUGCUGCUGGACCUCAGCAUUAACUGUGUGGAUGAUGAAGCUGUAAGGCUGCUCUGCCAGGGCCUGGCCACCAACGAAACCCUCGAGGUUCUCAAACUCUCUCGCAACCCCAUAACAAAAAUCGGAGCGCUCACGCUGCUCAGAACGGUUAAAAACAACAUGAAAUCAGCACUGGCGGAGAUCGAUAUUUCUAGUGUGCUUGUGUGUGAGACCUUUGUGGAGCUGCUGGAAGAAACCCGCGUGACCUGCCCUGCUCUGCGGUUCCAGUAUUAUAUUCUGCCCUCCGUCACCAAGAACUUAUUGGCACUUGGGAUCUUUAAGAAGUUCUUUGAAGAGCAAAAUAAGAGCAUCAUGGAUUUCUUCCAGUCUCUGGACAAAGAGGGAACUAUGAAAGUCUCCACCUCUGCCUUCAGGAAGGCUGUAAAGGAAGCUAACAUACCUCUGGAUCAACGGCAGCUUGGCUGGUUGGUCAGGAAGUUUGACAAGAACUGCACGGCAACCAUAAUGUAUAGUCAGCUGACUGAGCUGUCAUAG